UGACAACUCCUCGUCUGUGCAACCUGCUACGACCGCAAGAUUUCUGGCUUGGUCAUGCAUUCGACUCAAAUUGUGCCUGAUGCAUGCGACUGCAACUGCAACUGCAACUGCUCCGGCACCCACAAGCAAGAUGUCUUCCAGAGCCGGGAUCACCAAGAAGGCCUGUGACGGAUGCAAGAUCCGCAAGAUCAGAUGCGGCGGCGGCCAGCCAUGCCAGUCCUGCUUCAAUGCGCGCAUUAAGUGCACCUAUAUCCGUGUACAGCAGCCUCGCGGUCCUCAGAAACUGCGCGCGACCACCAAAUUUCUCAUCGAACAAGCGCAAAGAGGCAUGGAAAUGCAGAAUGUACUACCCUCGGCUCCAGUGAGAGGGGAAGUGCUCGAGGCCGACCACGCGCUUCAGAACCCCGCAAUUUGCGAAUCCCAAAACAGUUCGAGAUCUCGAAUUCCAAUCAAUGUCCUCGCAUCCCCGCUGUACAUAUACCAUGUUCGCAUGUACCCGGUCUGGCCUAUUGUCGAUGUCGAAAAGGUCCUGUCUAUCUUGCAGCAAGAUGUGGAGGAAAAGGAGCAUGAAACGUACGCCCUUGCAACUGCAGUAGCUGCCGCCACCAUCGCCCAGUUGCGGCUGGGACAAAAUUCCGGGCCGGAGAAAUCCCUGAGUGCGGAGAACUUUGCGCUUGAGAGCAUGAGAGCACGACGGUUGUACGACUAUCGCUCGAGGCUCAAUCUAAACAAUGUGCGCACCGCCUUUUUUCUGCACGUCUACUACGAGAACCAACAGUCGGGGGCGAGUGAAUCGUUACUCUAUCUGCGAGAAGCUAUCACUUUAGCACAAAUGAUGUCCCUUCACCGAGAAGCUUCGUAUGCAGGACUACCAGCGGAGGAGCAACAACUACGUCGUCGCGUCCUGUGGUUGCUAUUCGUCACAGAACGGGGAGUCUGCAUCCUCCACAAGUUACCCGUUAUUCUGAAAACGAACGUCUCCACCCCGGCCCUCGAAACAAGCGAUGAACCACAAGUUCUUCCCGCUUUCCUCAAAUUGCUCAAUCUUUUUCGCCUGUUCGAGCAGUCCCGGAUGUUUGAUCUCAUUGAAGACGAUAACGUCGGAAGAGACACGAUUUCAGAUGAGGUGCAGGGCGUGGAUGCAAGGUUUCUACGGUUGCUGCAAGAGAACCUGCAGGACGGAUCGGCAUUAUUAGACCAGAUAUCGGAUGUACAAAAGGCCGACCUGUGCGUGACGCGACACUGGAUGCGGAUGAUACUCUGGAAGUUCUCGUUUAAGCAGGGCCUUCAAGGUUCACCUUCAUCCCAAUGGCCGAACUCUCCUUCGUUCCCCGUGUUGGUAGCUAAGGAGCUCUUGAAUAUCGUCUCCCAGCUGCCACGAACGGCGAUUGAAGCCCACGGCCUCGGCAUGGAACUCAAGCUCUAUGAGAUCGCCAGCUCACUAGCCGACGCCGUAAUCAAUCUGGCCAUGCUGCCGCGAGCCCCAGUCUGGGAUGGCGAAACCCGCCCCAGCAGCAUCCUGGCUCGACUCCACUCGAUUCUCUCCACCUUCCGCGGCGGCGGCAAUAAAGAAUUAGCGGAGCUACUGUAUAAGAAAAUGGCCGAUGCACAGUCUAGCACUGGACCUGCAUUACCGCCGCCGAUACGCGAGGUACACACGCCAGUUAGAAGUAAAGCCACCCCCCGCGCAGACUCCAACAGUGGGGACAGCCCAGCCCCCGAGCUGCCUGCAUCGACCUUAGGAGAUGACUUCACGACGACUGCCGAUCCCACGGCUCCAAGCACAGUGGCUGAUUGGACCGCCGUGGACGACCUCUACCAAGCUACUGCCACUACUACGUUUCAGACCUUGGACCACAACCGUGCCCCCCACGGCGUGAUGCCGGGGGAGCCAAGCGACAUUAGUGGCCAGCAUGCUCUCCACCCCUUAGGAGAUCUGGCGGCGCCCUCUAACUUGUUUGGGUCGUCCUUCUCCGCGGGGCUGGGCUAUGCAGCUGCCGCGGCCGCGGCCGCGUACGCCUACGACCCAUACCUAGUAGGCAUCCCCAACGUCCAGUCUCCGCUGCUAUUGGAGGAGGGCCGAGAGCCACGACUGGGCGGCGGUUCCUCGUGGUCCCCGUCUCUGGCGCCGUCAGAGUCGGUGGAGAUGUGGGUGGGCGAUUUCAUGGCCCAAACCGGCGGAGCUCUUCCGUCUGUGUCGUCGGAGCAUUACUUCUGCAUGACUGGGGACUUGCCCGAGCCACCACCCUUGUCGAGUCCGAGCUUUCCCGCCUGAUCUUUCCCUUCCUAUGUGUAUAUCCCUUCAGCUCCUGUAACGACGAAUGACACGUAUAUUAUG